GGCGCGAAAAAUACCAAUCGUAUGAAAAUUAGCAAAUUUUUUCAUUCAUUUUAUCUCGUUAUAAAUAGUUUUAAAUAAGUUGUCGAUUCUGUAUUCGUCUUGUUUGUGUCUUGUGAAACGCUUGUGAGUGCACAACAAUAUAAUGUAUAGGGUUAGAAUUAUUUUAAUUAUUCUUUUCAAAUUAACAAAACUAAACAACGAAAAUAAGAAGAAAUCGCAAAAAAUACACGACUUGAAAACACGUAUUAUGUAUGAAUACAUUACAAUGUAUACUUACUACCACUAUUAUUUUUGAUGUCGGCAACACCAGCGCCGCAGAGCAAAGCUGACAUAACAUACUUCAAACUCCAGCCGGUCAUCAAGCAAUCAGACCUUCAACAGACAGAAUCGAGGAUCGAAAACUUGCCGUUAACGAUACCGGGUAAUGCGAGCAUCAAUAACGUCAGCAUCUCGCAGUCGACCACGGCCGCGUCGAUUCCGGCAGAAACUACCGCGGCUGUCACCGUGACAGACGUCAAAUCUGACGUUGACAGUCGAGGGGCACAAUCAAACCAGACUGACAGGAGAGUUAAAGAGGAACACGACUUAACAACGGCCGACUACGAAACGACCUUAGCACAAUCGGAUAUAACUGAGAAAUACGUUGACCUUAUAGACGUGGAACCAGUGAAGCACGUGUCCAAAUUCGUGGCUCUGUCGAAGUUCGGCGGCAGAACGACAAAUCACAUCGAAACGUCCGGCAAGAGGCGGUUCAGAUCGAGAUGCAGAUGCGAAAAGAUCUGGAACUGCCCUAAGCUUCAGAUAAGCGUGCCUAGAUGCCCUGAAGAACAAUUUUUGUGUUGUUUCUAAUUUAUUAUAAAAUUAAAACAUCGCCCACCGAUCUCGUUUAUAAA